AUGUUUUUGAAAAUCACCUCGAUAGUGGCUGUACUGUUAGCACUGUGGACGAUAGCCUACGGUCAAGACUGUAGCCCAAAAGGUAUGAAACGGUUUGAUAUAACAAUGGCCCGAUUGGUUACGAUUGCCAACUCUGGCCCGGGUAAAAAGCAGGACUCUCUACUUAAGGCCACCCCAUGUCUCAACCAUAACGACCCGUUGGUUACCAAAUGCUACACCAGUUUUAUAGACGGCCUGUUGGGCGCACAGAAUGCCAACGACACCAAAAAGAUACCGUAUUUGUGCUGCGAGUACGUUAGAAUAUUUCCGUGUUUCGACGAGAAACUGUCGCCGGCGCCCAAAUGCAAUCAAAAAGGCAUCGAUUUUGUCAGCGAUUUGAUCCGUAGUAUAGCCGGCAAUGUUGUCGACUUGAUUUGUGGCGACUAUGUAGAGGGCUCGGAUAAAUGCACUCACCUAGGUCCGCCGCCUAAGAAAUCUAAAAAACAGCGCCGUUUGAAGUCAUUCGCUGUGCCGGUGCUCGACCUCUUGUCCUCUUUCCCAGAGGUGUGAUGAUCAGG